AUGGCUCUGUGUAGUAAUUUUUUGCGUAUCUCAAGCAAGGUAAACCCGAUAUUUUAAACGCAACACAGAGUGUCUUGGAUUAGCUAAAACUCAUUUUUUUCCCGUCUCGUUUAAAUAGGGUGCCCUUGCCAAGAUUUGCUGGAAUGCUUUUGGCACAACACCUCGCAUGGCUGUCACAGUGAGUUCAAAGUUAACCUGUAGAAAGCACUUUACACUGAUCUCACUCGUUUUUCUCUUUCUAUAUUAGAUUUUGCGACUAAGCUUAUUGGUUUUGGUUGUAUUUUAGGUGAGAGCGAAGGGUUCAAUAUAGCUUCCUAAUGAAGUCGAUCCCUACAUUGUAGCUAAUAACAUAGAGAAGCUUAGUGGGUUUUAUAAACAGGGCAACAGUAAUAGAGAGGCUGAUCUCGAAUGAUUUCAAAUUUUCUCGUUAGUCCAUAUUUUUUCAUAAUCCACUAUUAUGGGCUUUAUUUACAAGGAAAACUAUGAAUUGUAAUAGGCCAUUCCAGUUGAUUCCUUGCUCCUUGAGAGACAGGGAGAUGUCUCCCCCCCCCUUAACCUUUUUGUGUCUUGAUGGGAGCCGGGGGAGGGGUAUGAAAUGAAAUGGCCUAAUAUGGAUAUUUUGCCAUGGUUAGAAAUGACUUUUAAAUGAGGGAAGGGGGAGGGGGAGGGGGGUGGGGGGCAACACAGCUUAUUCCCAAACUGUUCAUGUCAGGUGUUUGUGUUGAUUUUGAUUUAAUUUUUUUUGCUAAAAAUAUAAACCUGCACCAUCACUACCUCAUGUGCGGAAGACAGCUACCAGACCACUGGGCCACACACACUGUCACUGACUAAUACAUGUAAAUAUUAAUCUAGUAAAAUUAUUACACUUAAGUCACUUUUCUCUGCCAUACACACUGUUUGAGGGUUGUGGAGCUGUAUAUAUCAUGAAUUCAAAGAUAUAUUGCAUACAAGAGAAAAUUCGAGGAAGGUAAAGAUGAAAUAUUUAAUUCACACCUCAGGGCCCAGUUGUUUGAAAGGUGGAUAAUGCACUCUAUCAAAUGGGGAAAUCUCUAUCCAAUGGAUAACACAAUAUUAUUAUUAGUUUCCCUGAUACUUACAGUAUCUGCUGGAUGAUGAUUUAUCUAGUGGAUAGUGCCAUCCAAAGUUUGAACUACUGCGACCAAAAAAGUUUUUUCUAAGAUGAAGAAAGGGCACGUGGGACAUCGCAAUAAAAAGUAGCAAGUGUAUCAGAGGAGAUCUUGAUGUAAGUCACUAAACCACUAUAGUACUGCAAAAAUCAAAAUUAAAGCUAUUUUUACCUUUUCUAACAGAUGACAGUUCGAGAUGCUUUAAACUCUGCUAUGGAAGAAGAGAUUAAGAGGGAUGAAAGAGUGUUCUUAUUAGGUGAAGAGGUUGCUAUGUAUGAUGGUGCAUAUAAGGUAAAUUUUUGGCAUAUUUAAUUUGUUAACAAGAUAAGUGCCCAAUUUGCCUCUCAUUUUGUUCUGCAUUUGUUUUUUUGCAUGGUUGAUUUAUAUGAGCUGUUUCCUUUUCAGGUGAGUCGAGGACUUUGGCUAAAGUAUGGUGACAAGAGGAUUGUGGACACACCCAUCAGUGAGGUAAGUCAGUUAUAUUUUACAGGGUAUGCAUUGCUCUUACAAUGUAUGUGUUGUGGUUCAAUUUUAUGCUUGGUUCAAAUUUUCUUUUCUUUUGUCUUUGGGUAUGGUAAUAUAUGAUAAUGAGUUUGAAACAAAAGAAAAUAAAACUCAAACCAAGGAUAGAAUUGAACCACAACAUAUGCAUAACUUGUAAUAAAGUACCUCCUUCUAACUACUGUAUGUAUGCUCAUUUCAGAUGGGUUUUGCUGGAAUUGCAGUGGGAGCUGCUAUGGUGAGUUAAUGCUUCUUGUUAAAUGGUCUACCUGAUAAAGAAGGCAGCUGACAAUAAUGCUAAUAAUUAUAUAUUAGUAAUAAUGUUUUUUGUUUUUUCAUGUUAUGCUUCAGGCUGGCCUUAGACCUAUCUGUGAAUUCAUGACCUUUAAUUUUGCAAUGCAGGCCAUUGACCAGGUCAGAAUUUAAUGAUAAUUGUAUGUAAUUCCAAUUUCAAUACAUUUGUUUAUUCCGAUAUUAAAAAAAUGAAUGAAUAGUAAUUUGAUUAUUUAUAUUUAUAUUAUUUUUAAUCAUUCAAUAUUAAUAGGUUCCAGAAAGAGUGCUCAACAGUUGUUUUAGUGGUUGCAAUGUGAAUAAUGUAUUUGUCAUGGGUCACAAUUGAUUUCAGGUUAAUUUUGAUUUAACCUAGGUUGAUUCUCAUUUCCUUUGUCUCCUAGCCCUAAUUCAUGAAUAACAAAGACUAGGAGACAAAGGAGACUGAGAAACAACCUAGGUUAAUACCUGAAUGUUUUUUUGACCUAUAACAUAUUUUGUCAAAUACAUUUAAAACUGUAUUUGACAGUGGCUGCAUGAUAAUAAAUCUCUAAAGUCCAGUCUUUAAAAUGAUGUUUUAUGAGUUGACAUUUUUAUGAAAAGUGUGGUCAUACUAACAGACUUCCUUUGUGUUGCAGGUCAUUAAUUCUGCGGCAAAAACAUUCUACAUGUCUGCUGGUCAGGUAGAGUAUAAGAAAAGAAAUACUGUAAUUAAUCCUUUGUUAAUUAAGCAUUUUUUUAGGGGGGGGUGGUGGGGGGUUAUUAUUUUUUCCAGGCACUUAAUGGAGGUUGUUAAAAUAUAAAGAGGAAGGGGAGGUGCUGUAAGCAAAGAAGGAGGAAGAACCAUACUGGAGGUAUGGUGCUCUAAUUCAAGGGCUUCAUGCAAAAAUGUCCCUUGGUCCCAUUGUUUUAGAUGAGAGGAGGGAAUGUUCCUAAUGCAGAUUUGUGUGUUAUUCCACCUGUUGUACCCUAUGUUUCCCCAAGUUAAAGCACCCUUCUCUAGAUUAAGACUAAGCAGUAGUCAGAUAUCAUAGAUUAACACUGAAUGUUUUAAGAGAAGUGUUUUCAGAAUGCUUAGUUUCAAACAUACAGAAAUUCUUACUGUAAGUGCCGUAGUUACAUUUAAUCUUACAGUUAUUUUAAUGUUUGAUUUGUACAUUUGUACUGUAUCAAAUGAAUUUAAAAAAAGAUUAUUAUUUUCAUUACAAAUUGUACCAUAAAGUACUUUGAUCAAUGAGUUAGUAAUUUGUGAUAAUAAUGUUAUUUGAUAUAAGGAGGGGGGAGGGGGUGGGGAAUGAUGGUGGGGGCUUAAUAACUGUUUUUCUCUUAUACCUUCUUUAAGGGGUAGGUGACAGAUGGAAUCUUAGAGUUAGACUAACAAUGUGUGUUUUAUGCGGCUAAGUGAAUUAUCAGAGACAUUUCUAAUAUAAAUUUUGACGAACUUGUUGAGCUUUUUGCUCAAAGUCCUGUUAGCAAUCAGUCCAGCGAUUUAGGCUGCACAAGAAUUAUUAUUUCUUGUGAUGUUCAGUAAAAAAUAUUAAGCUAAAUAAUUCAACAUUUAAAGUCAAACUUAAGAAUGAUACUCGAUGUUUCAAUGUUUCGAACAUCAUUAUCAAGAUUGAAAAUCACUGAAAGUCAAUAUACAUUGAAAUGUUGAGUAACUUUCUUAAGUUUAAUUUUUCUUAUACAGUCUGUUAUAGUUUUAAACAAGCAACUGACUAUCUGAUGAUUCAACAUUAAAAUUGUAGUGUUCUUCUUCUAUUGUUAAUGCGUAGGUACCAGUCCCUAUUGUAUUCAGAGGUCCUAACGGUGCUGCAGCAGGGGUGGCUGCUCAGCAUUCACAGUGUUAUGCUGCUUGGUAUGGUCACUGUCCUGGUCUAAAGGUUGGUAAAGACAAAAUAUGUUAUCUCAUGCAUUAGUAUUUACUAGUCUUGACAAAGCAUACAGGUUCGUAUUACAUGUACAAGUCUCUGUUAUCUCUACAGUAUCAGUAUGAAGAUUUCAUAGGGUUUGAUAAAGAUCCUGUCUUUGAGCUGUCUGGAACAAGUAGUUUUUCCUGUUAGGCAUGCAGUUUUCUGUGGUCAGCUUACAAUACGAAAUGCAGUGUAGAUAUCUUUUGAUCAAGAGCUUGAAAAGGUAUUUUAGAAAAUCUUUCAAAUUUCUGAGCAUUAAUGAUGAUAUUAUUGCAAUUUAGUUGUUCCUACACACUACACCCUAUCUGUUAUGUUUCUUUUUUAUUAGUGUUAAUUAACCCUAGUGUGCAUCUGCAAAAUUCAAAUGAACAGUCACCUUGAAAUGAGGCAUUGAGGGGCAAUUAUUAUGAACACAAAAGAAUAACUAAAUUUGCCACCAUUUUGGAAUGCUUGUACAUGUAUGUACACCUGUAUUGGACUUGGUGCUGUCAUGCAGCUAUAUCCAACAUUAAGUUUUGGUUAUUUAUAUGAUGUGAUCAUUCAUCUAUUGUUUUAUACUCUAGGUAGUGUCUCCAUUUUCAGCGGAAGAUGCAAAAGGUUUGCUCAAGUCAGCUGUCAGAGACUCUGAUCCAGGUAUAAUACUCUUCUUUAUUUGUGAUAUAGAUUGGAAUGUGAAACAUUGGUAACGUUAAUCAAUCAAAAAAUUGAUUUGUUAAGCAAUCAAUCAAUCAAUCAAUCAAUCAAUCAAUCAAUCAAUCAAUCAAUUAAGCAGGCAAUUGCUGUACUUUAUUUUCAUGGCACCCUUUGUGCAUAUUAAGCUCUUCAGCCCGUUCCUACUUGCACCUUGUAUUUUGUCAUGUGCUUGCUACUCAGGUUUACCAAAUAAUGACAUCUUGAAGGCCAAAAUUUAUAAAGUUGACCUUAGCUAAGAUAUAUCUCAUUUUAUUGUCCCAUAACAAUAGGCCAUAAGAAACAAUAUAUAUCUCAUUUUAUUGUCCCAUAACAAUAGGCCAUAAGAAACAAUACUAACAGUAAGAGUUGUUAUUUGGGAUGCCUAAUUUCUAAAUCUAUAGUCAGGCUUAAAAGUUUUAAAAGAAGCUGAACAGUAUAUAAAAUAUAUAUAAUUAUGUAGAAAAAUUUGUACAGUGUCCUGUGACAAUACCAUGAUAACUUCUUUUGUUAAAAACUUUUAAUUCUAGAGGUUUUAUCUGCAGUAAAGAGUUAAGGUCAUUUGCUAAAUGGCAGCUUUUCAUGUGUCUUUUACAGUGGUUGUUCUAGAAAAUGAGGUCAUGUAUGGUGCCCAAUUUGAAAUGUCUGAGGAAGCCAUGAGUCCAGACUUUUUAAUUCCUAUUGGUAAAGCCAAGAUUGAAAGACCAGGUGAGCAGGUUUUACUUCCUUGUCACUGGUGUCUGCCCAAUAAUUAUAUCCUUAUUACCAAGCUCUAGUGUUGAAUUAUAAUAGGACAGGUCUAAAGUACAUUAUUGAUUGUUUGAAUUUAAGGGAUUUAUGUUAUAAUCUGAGGGGUACGGGGAGUAACUUGGUACAAAAUUAAUGUAGUCCUUUUAACACUAAGUGGGUGCAUAAUUCCUUUUCAUUUAUCGCUUGCAAGCUGUGCAAUAAGUUGCCAUUAUACACACGCUGUAUAUUAGAAACUCUGAUAAUCUUACAGCUGUAUAGUCUAAAAUGUGAUCUGUCUGUUUGCCCCACACCCCAGGGGGCAGCAAGGCUAGAGAGACUCUGUCUUGCCUUGCUACCUGUUGUGGGGUAGGGCAAAGAGACAGAUGACAUUUUAGAAUGACAAUCUUAAAGUCUAAAAUAAGCUCUACAAAAGUUCAAUUUAGAAUCUUCAUAGUUGCUUUUAACUUGUAAUUGUAACUAAGUUAUUUUUUUUUACCACUACUAUUUUUUUUAUGUGAAUAUAUACUUUUAUGUAAUACAUUUUAGAUAUAAGAUCUUUUGCAGUUAUGGUUUUUGCUUAGGUUUUUACGGUGGUCUUGUAUAUCACAUGCAAUUUUGAACAAGUUUUAUUGUAAGCUCCUACGUGUUGACCUGUGUAAAUACAGUUCUUACUUUCUUGCUACUUACUAAGUUCAUUUUAGAGAAGAUCACUUACAAUACAUCAACAAAAUAAAAUGAAGGAUUCAGCUCGGCUGACAUCUUGAAAUGGUAGUCACACUUUAAACUUUGAAGUACUAAGUUUCUGCAGCACAUUGUUUUGGCUUGGAACAUCAAAGCUAAUUUACUAUGCUGAUGUACCAUUCACAUGCAUGACUGUAUCUGCCAACAACAAAGCCUCUUAAAAUGGUGUCUCGCUUGAUUAUACCAUAUCCAGUUCUUGUGUUGAUUUUAUUUUUAAUGUUUCCUUUCUCCUGUAGGAAACCAUAUCACCCUAGUUGCACAUUCAAAAUCUGUUCAACUUGCUCUAGAUGCAGCAAAACAGUUAGAGGCUGAAGGAAUUGACUGUGAGGUAUAGUGUCGAUGCAGUAACAAUCAGUUUCAUUUACAGUUCGUAAAUAUAAAUGAUAUAAACGGUAGAAGUAUUUUUUAUACACUCAGUGCAACAUGAAAAGCUUUGUGCUUCAUGAUGACUGAAAUUUCUGCUGGGAACUAAUUUUGCCACUUUUUUGUUCAAACAGCAGAACAUUACAAGAAAGGAACUAAUAUUUUCAAUUUUUGUUACAUGUUGAGUUAUGGUAUACUCAUUCACGCUGUAGUUUUGUCUGUGAUAAAGACUAUUUAUCUGAGCUUCAGUCGUUGUUUUUUACUGAAAUCAAUGUUAGUGUUGUUUACAUAUAUGUCCGAUAUAUAUCCCCCAGUCACCCAAGUUUAUGUUAAAAAGCAGUUUCUUUAAAAUUGUAGUGUAGGGAGAAAAUAUUUUGGCAUCUUUUUCUCUUGGAAUUUACACAAAAUUAAUUUAUCUCUGCCGAUCAGUGCAAUCUGCAAAAUUUGCGAUAGUAAAUAGUCGCAAAAUUGUCAUUCUGCGCGGUAUCAAAAGGAGAACUACAAAAAGCUAUCAAAUGUGAGAACACAAAAAGAGAGACAGAAAACAAAGGUUUAGAUGUGUGUUCUUAGCUAGCAAUUUGUUAUUUGUUAUUUCGAACUAUCAACUGUAUCUUUUUUGGAGGUGUUGAGAACAAUUGCAUUGUUUAACCACGACAGAAUCAGUUCAGUCGUUAGAGCACUUGACUGCGGAAUGAAAGGUCGUGGGUUCGAUUUUCUGGGCCAGACUAAUACAUUAUACUCAAGGUCUUAAAAUAAAUGAGAAAUGAAGGUAAUGCUCCUCUCCUUAAAAUGGCUAGAACUUCGCGUGGCUCAGAUCACCGCAUAAAAUGGCGGUCCCUUCUCUUGUAGGAGGCGUAAAAAUAGUGUCCCCAAUUAGCACUUUCAUCGGCUAAAUACAUUGACAUUUAAGUAAAGCGCAUUUCGUGAUACAUCAGUAUGAAAAAUUGUAACCAUUCAUGUUGUUUAUGUACAGGUGGUUAACCUCCGUACCAUCCGUCCAAUGGACACAGAGUGCAUUGAAAACUCGGUCAAGAAAACAAAUCAUCUUAUCACCAUUGAAGGAGGCUGGCCUCACUUUGGUGUAGGAGCUGAAAUUGCAGCUUCUAUAUUGGAAGGUUAGUUUUCCAAGAAGCGCCCCUAGCACUCUCACAUUUCUUCUUUUUGUGCGUGACAUAUUUACAAGGCAGCAGAAUUGAAAAUUCACCUUCACUGUAUGAUAGUUAUAGUCCCAAGCUUUCCGAGAUAGUCGGGUCUGUUGGGAACAUAAAAUGGGAGGAAACUUUUCCGAACUUAAGUACUGAUACUUUCGCGAGCCUUUCACGGACGUGUCAUCCCUACUAUCUGAGAUCUUUGAACAGGUUACCUUAGGCUACAAGGAGAGAGGGUGACAGUUACCCUAGCAAGAGGAUUACCUUAGCACUCGCACAUUUUUUACAUGACAUGUUUACAAGGCAGUUAGGGUUACCCUAGCACUAGGGUAACCAUACCUGCCUUGUGAACACUCUGCUAGGGAUAACUCGCUUACUCAGGACAACUUUCCUCUGUCAUGCGUAACCAGUAGUCUUGACAAUUUGAGUUGCGAGAGCCCCUUUUCUCCUCUCACCAUUCCUCUCUCCUUUUCCCCUUUAAUCUUUUGAACUAAGUGUCGCAGCAGCAUAGAGAACAUUGAAAUUCUUGUCAUGACCUCUUGCAAUUUUGUGCAGAUUCUAGUUUUAUUUCUUCCCGGCGUCUUUCACCAUAUCAUCAAUACUACUCUUGCCUAGUUCCUCCUCUCUUUCCUCUCUGUUUCGGCUGUGUAAUGCUUAUCCGGAUUUUGAACUCGGUACUAAGACAGAUGGGGCACUUAAAUCACUGCUUUAUCGGGAGCCUUGAACUUUUAUUUCGGUUAUUAUUCUCGUUAGUUUUUAGCCCCGUGCAAACGGACGCUACAUUGUUGGCCAACAACUCCCAACAUUGUUGGAUAUACAUUUUGAGUCCGUUUGCACACCCUGUUGCAUGUUGUUGAGUGUUGUUGGGUGUUGUUGCGCAAGGUUUGAAACCGAUCAAACUUUUAGCCACGUGCAAACGGACGCAACAACUCCCAUCAUUGUGGGCCAAUAAUUUUGGCAGCUGUUGCGUCUGUUCGCACGUAGUCUGACAGAAAUGUGCUCUGUUCACUGUUGAUCGUUUUUAUUCCAGGUGAGGCAUUUGACUACCUUGAUGCUCCCAUAUUCCGAGUGACCGGCGCAGAUAUCCCAAUGCCUUAUGCGCAUCUGCUAGAAACAAAUUCUGUUCCUCAAGUGGAAAACAUUGUCCUU